AGGUGGAAGAGAAAGAUGCUCUAAAGACAGAGAGAAGAAGAGGGUCAAUCUUUUUUUUUUUUUUUUUUAAGACUUCACCGUCUUCCUCUAUUACUCUCCGAGAUCAGACGCUGCCUUUGAGCCAUUGAUGAUACAUUACAAAGCUUCUUCCCCACUGAAACCCCUUUUCAUUAUUUUGCCACAAAAUUCUCUCGAUUCCCCUGUUUCUGUGUUCCUCAGAUUGCCCAAUUUCUGUUUUCUUACCCGAACACAAAUUUCUCCCAUUAUCUAGUAGCGAUUAUCUUAAUUUUUUUUUUUUUUACAAAUAACCAAUUCCCAGAUCUGGGUUUUUCAUUUGUUUCACUCGUUGAUCCUGUUGACCAACAUUUGACGAUUGAUUUAACCCCAAAACUACGUAGCAGUGUCCAUUAGCUACUUUAUUGGGAACCCUUUUGUUCUUUUGGGUGACCCUUUUGAAUUCUCUUUUUCGUCCUGCGAAAUUUGGGGGAAAAAUCUUUAGUUUGAUCGAUUAAUGGCGGCUUCGAGGAAUGUGGGGAUGAGGGAUGAGGAGAAACUGAAGGAAGAUGACUCUCCGACGGCCAAGAAGCCUAAAUUUGAAAGGUUUCCAUUGACGAAAUGGGAGCUAGCGGCUGCUCUCGGCAUCUUCCUUCUCUGCUCCACUGGCCUUCUUUGUGUGUACUUGACAAUGCCCUCUGCAGAAUACCAGAGCGUUAAGCUCCCACGAACACUUUCGGAUCUCCGUGUUCUUAAGGAUCUCUUUGCAAAUUAUGCCAAAGAUCAUCCAGCACAAUUCAUUCUAGGUUAUUGCUCUACCUACAUAUUCAUGCAAACAUUCAUGAUUCCUGGAACAAUUUUCAUGUCAUUGCUUGCUGGAGCUCUAUUUGGGGUUAUCAGAGGCCUUCUAUUAGUUGUAUUUAAUGCAACGGCUGGGGCAUCCUCUUGCUUUUUUCUCUCUAAGUUGAUUGGAAGACCUUUAGUUUAUUGGAUGUGGCCUGAAAAGUUGAAAUUGUUCCAGGCAGAGAUAGCAAAGCAUCGAGAAAAGCUACUCAAUUAUAUGCUAUUUCUUAGGAUAACACCAACAUUACCAAAUCUUUUUAUCAACUUGGCUUCGCCUAUUGUUGACAUCCCUUUUCAUGUUUUCUUCUUGGCAACUUUAAUUGGCCUUGUUCCAGCAUCCUAUAUCACAGUCAGGGCUGGACUUGCACUUGGAGAGCUUAAAUCGGUCAAGGAUUUAUACGAUUUCAAAACUUUGUCUGUGCUUUUCUUUAUUGGCUUUAUCUCCAUUCUACCUACACUUCUAAAGAGGAAGCGAGUAUACGAAUGACGGCGAAUUUUCGGGGCUCCGUCAUUUCUGCCUGAGGCAUGUCUAUGGAUGGCUGCUAUAACAGGUCUUUGUAUUAUGAUUUUUUCUGUCUCCCGUAAGUAUAAUUCUAGAAGUUUUGGAAGGAAAAAUUUUUCCCACAUUGUUUUUACUCAUUUCAUCCUAUGUGCCACCAUGGAGUUAGUUAUCUGUUUCAGAUAUUUAGCAUAGCAUAACAUCGAUCAUUUUACAAUGGUAGGGGCCUUUCGGACCACCAACUUCUUAAGUUUUACCAGGUUUAGGUUGGUGUUGAACGACCUAACUUCAAAUUCAUUAGUAAACCCUCCUGAAGUUUACAUAUUUACGAUUUACCGAGUAACUCAUUUUUUUCUCAUUUUCUGCUUUUUCACAUUUAUUGAGGAACUCCUUUCUCUCCUUCUCUAUGUUUCACUUUUAGAAAGAAACUUCGUCUUGCAACUCUACACUCCAAACACAAACUUCUUGCUAAUCCAGGGUAAAGCGACCCCUUAAGAUUUAUUGCUAGUCACAAAAGUACUACUACCUUGAUGCUAAUCCAGGUAAAGUGACCCCUUAAGAUUUAUUGCUAGUCACAAGAGUAUACUACCUUGAAAGAAAUGGCAUUUUGUUCGUCCCCUUCGAAAUAAAACUUAACCAUCAUUCUGAAAAUACUAUUUUACCACAAUGAUAACAAAAUUCAGUGCUGAAAUAUGUAAUCCGUUUGCAUUUGCAUUGCACAAUACACAGAGCAUCGAUUUUGGUCAGAUUUGACAUUUUGAGUCACAGUCUAUCGAAUGUUCUCUGUUGCUUAGUCAUCUUAUAUACCAACUACCUCUUGUUUUCUUGGUUUGUACAGAUCGAUAUUGAUUUCAAAUGCUCUUAUUGAUGAUAAUACUAUACUAGCUGUGGCAAUACCGCGUCGAUUCAGACACAAACUGUACCAUCAAGCUGUUAUAUGGCUCAAAUGAUACGUUCAGAAGAUGAUUAUAGGCAGUUGUUUGGAGGUUUUAAAAAGAAAAAAUAGGUGAAGAUAUUCUAUAUUCACGUUAGGAGCUCACUGAUUACAAUCAAUAUAGGUUAUUUACAUUUUAUCAUAAUUUUUGUUGCAUCGUAUAUUGAUAACGCAUACAGGAUCUAAACAGGUUACAAAUUGAAAAAUAACUAUUUUCUCUC